UUGAGUCUUUUUACAUUUUAAUGUCAGGUGCCCAGCUGUCUAAGAGUGGAGUGGACUUGCUUUGUCAGAACCAAAAAUCCAUCUUAGAUCUUGACUUGAGCUUGUGUUCUCGCAUGACAGACUUGGCAGUGCUCUCUGUGUGUCAGCAUCUUACCCAUAUCAAGAAGCUAAAUCUCCGUAGAUGUCAAGGAAUUACUGAGAAUGGUAUCAGAGCAUUAAGACAGCUGAAGCACCUUGAGGAGCUGAACAUUUCCCACCUCGAUGCAGUCACCUCUGAGAGUGUUGAGGAAGCCCUUGGCAAGGAGCCCCGUCCCAGUUUGAAGUUACUCAAUGUUGCCUCACUGCCACUCAGCUGGAAGGCAGUCGUGAAUAUAGCAGCAUCACUGCCGAACCUGACUUUCCUAGAUGUAUCAAUGUGCACUGGAGGAAUCAAUGAUAAAGUGUACAGGCAAUCUGCAAGUCUCUAAAUAAGCUCCAGACCUUAAACCUAAGUGGAUGUACUGCAGUGACAGACAUUGGACUUGCUGGUCAUGGGCUUGGUCAGCAAGAACCGGUGCCCGAUAUAGGGACAGGCCCCUGUCGCUUGAAAAUCUUGGUGUGCGGAAUAGAGAUCCUUUUAAAGUCCCUCUAGGCUCGAAGGCAGAGCAAGUGAUCCGUAAAGAAGCUGAGGUUAAGAAGUACUUGAAGGAAAAUUUAGAACAGAUUGUGAACUCUACUGAAUUUGGGUUGGGUAAUCUCACAGGGUUACGGGAGUUGAACCUAUGUGGCUGUAUAAAAGUGACAGACAUCACCCUGACCCAUGCUUUACACCUGCAAGAACUACAGUACUUAAAUCUCUCACACUGCCAAGCGGUAGGGGAGGAAGGUCUUAUAAACUUAGCACACCAGUGCCCCAGUUUGGAAGUUCUCAUGCUAGUAGACUGUGGCCAGACAACCGAUCAAGUGAUCCUGGUCCUUUCACAUCACCUGAAGCGUAUUAAGACGCUGGAUCUACAGCGUUGCUUUAAGCUGACGGAUGAUGCUCUGGACUCCCUGAGCAAUUGGCACAACUCUCCAGUACUUAGAUGUGAGUGGCUGUGAGAAGAUGAGUCUGGAGCAAGUCCGUCUUGUCCAGGAGAGGAUCCCUCGGCUUCACAACCUGCACCACCGUGGUGUCAAGGAAAAGAACCCUUCAGAUGAAGACCCAAAGGACUGGCCUUCACAAAGUGCAAAAAUUCCCCCUCCUCCUCCUCUGCUGUCCAAGCUUAAGAAGAAAGUAAUACGGAGAUAGUGGCAUAUGGAGGAAGUGUGACUUGCAACCAGUGACAUUAAAAAGAGAAGAAUCAGAAUUGUGUGUUCUAGUUUGUUGGUGUUUGUGUGUGUUAUAAUGCUGAAAAUGAUUACAAGGGAAAGGGUUGAAGAUAAUAUUUUAUAUUUUGGAAUAGAGAUUCUUGUAUUGAUUUUAUCAUUGUGCUCAGGACUUUUGCAUAUAUUAUUAUAUAUCU